CGCGAGCGGAGUCCCGGGUCCAUCCCGCGCUCUGCUUCCGCGCGCCGCCUCCGCACGCGAAGGCUCCGGUCUGCCCCUUGGCUUCCGAACCCGAACAGUUGGCGCUGAAAACACUUUACUCCUCCUCCUCUUCCUCCUCCUCCCCCUCCCUCGAGACCCCCCCCCCCAACAUCCUCCCUGCACGCCACCCCCCGCCCCCCACAACAGGCCCGAAGAGUAACCCCCUAAAGGCGGCCAGAAGCGACUCCGAACUCUUCGGCGGGAGCAGGUUGGAGGCUGGGUUUCGGAGAGACUCUGGAUUGGGGUCCGUCGCCAGCCCCUCCUCCUGGAUCCGGCUUGAUUUUCAUAUUUUAAAAGAGGAUUUUUCUCAUUACCUUUGAACACCCCUUUUAACAAAAUUUCUGGAGGAGCUCGGUGAGGAAGAUUGUGAGGUAUCUUAUUUUAAGGGGGAAAAAGCACCGAGGGGGCAUAUAUUAAUUUUUCUUGGGUUUUGGAAUCGCCCUUUCGAGAGAGCGAGCGGUCGAGAGCGAGGAGGGAAGAGUGGAGAGGACCCGCGAGGCGCGCCAGCCCGAGCCACCUCCUUCCCGGCCGCCCCCUCCCCACUCCCCCCGACACACACUCGCUCGCUGGCUCGCCGGCGCGCGCACACCCCCCGCGCCGGACCCGCACCUCGGCGGGCGCCACACUCUCGGCAGCCCGAGCCGCGGCAGCCGCAGCGGGAUGGAGGCAGCGCGCACCGAGCGCCCCGCAGGCUGGCCCGGGGCGCCUCUCGCCCGGACGGGGCUCCUGCUCCUGUCGACGUGGGUCCUGGCCGGCGCCGAGAUCACUUGGGGCGCGACGGGCGGUCCCGGGCGCCCCGAGGCCCCUGCGUCGCGGCCGCCGGCGCUGCUUCCUCUCUUCCCGCGGGCAGUGGCAAGCCAGUGGCCAGAGGAGCUGGCGACGGCGCGGAGAGGCGCCGCACUGGGGCGCCGGCCCGGCCCGGAGCCGCUGUCCCAGCCAGGCGGCGGCAGCGGCGGAAAGAAGCAGGGAGAAGGCGGGGGACCGUCGCCUGCAGGCGCGCGGUGGGGACAAGGCACCCCGGCUCCGGGCAAGCCUGCCGGCGCGAGGAGGAGUCGCCGGGCGCAGCCCCCCAGUGCCCUGGAACGCGGGGACGCCCGGGCCUCUGCCUUGUCCGAUGGUGCCAAAGGAAGCCGCCCUCCGGCCAAGGGUCUCCGGGAGGAGGUGAAGGCGCCGCGGGCCGGGGGGGCGGCGGCCGAGGAGCUCCGGCUGCCCAGCACCUCGUUCGCGCUGACCGGGGACUCGGCCCACAAUCAAGCCAUGGUGCACUGGUCCGGACACAACAGCAGCGUUAUACUUAUCCUGACGAAGCUGUAUGACUUCAACCUGGGGAGCGUGACUGAGAGCUCACUCUGGAGAUCAACAGACUAUGGCACCACCUAUGAAAAGCUGAAUGACAAAGUAGGUUUGAAGACUGUCCUCAGUUAUCUCUACGUCAAUCCCACCAACAAAAGGAAGAUCAUGCUUCUUAGUGAUCCUGAAAUGGAGAGCAGCUUACUGAUCAGCUCAGAUGAGGGGGCCACCUAUCAGAAGUACCGGCUCACCUUCUACAUCCAGAGUCUGCUCUUCCAUCCCAAGCAGGAAGACUGGGUGCUGGCCUACAGUCUGGAUCAAAAGCUGUACAGCUCCAUGGACUUUGGAAGACGGUGGCAACUCGUGCAUGAACGCAUCACACCCAACAGGUUUUACUGGUCGGUGGCCGGAUUGGAUAAGGAGGCGGACCUGGUGCACAUGGAGGUGCGGACUGCAGAUGGAUAUGCUCACUACCUCACCUGCAGGAUCCAGGAAUGUGCUGAGACCACUCGGAGUGGGCCUUUUGUCCGCUCCAUUGACAUCAGUUCCCUGGUUGUUCAGGAUGAAUAUAUCUUCAUUCAGGUAACAACUGGUGGAAGAGCCAGCUACUACGUGUCCUAUCGAAGAGAGGCCUUCGCCCAGAUAAAGCUGCCCAAGUACUCACUGCCCAAGGACAUGCACAUCAUCAGUACCGAUGAGAACCAAGUGUUUGCAGCGGUCCAAGAAUGGAACCAGAAUGACACGUACAACCUCUACAUCUCAGACACGCGUGGCAUCUACUUCACCCUGGCCAUGGAGAACAUUAAGAGUAGCCGAGGUCUAAUGGGAAACAUUAUUAUUGAAUUGUAUGAGGUAGCAGGUAUCAAAGGGAUAUUCUUGGCAAACAAGAAGGUGGAUGAGCAAGUGAAGACAUACAUCACUUACAACAAGGGCAGAGAUUGGCGCCUACUUCAAGCUCCAGAUGUGGACCUGAGAGGAAGUCCGGUACACUGCCUGCUGCCCUUCUGCUCCUUACACCUGCACUUGGAGAUCUCUGAAAAUCCGUAUUCCUCAGGAAGAAUCUCCAGUAAGGAGACAGCCCCGGGGCUUGUGGUGGCUACAGGCAACAUUGGCCCGGAGCUCUCAUAUACUGAUAUUGGUGUGUUCAUCUCUUCUGAUGGGGGCAACACAUGGCGACAGAUCUUUGAUGAAGAGUACAAUGUCUGGUUCCUAGACUGGGGUGGCGCCCUCGUGGCCAUGAAACACACACCUCUGCCAGUCAGGCAUUUGUGGGUGAGUUUUGACGAGGGCCACUCCUGGGACAAGUAUGGUUUCACUUCGGUUCCUCUCUUUGUUGACGGGGCUCUGGUGGAGGCGGGAGUGGAGACCCAAAUCAUGACAGUUUUCGGCCACUUCAGCCUCCGUUCUGAAUGGCAGUUGGUGAAAGUGGACUACAAAUCUAUCUUCAGCCGACGCUGCACCAAGGAAGACUAUCAGACCUGGCACCUGCUCAAUCAGGGGGAGCCUUGCGUCAUGGGAGAAAGAAAAAUAUUCAAGAAACGCAAGCCAGGAGCUCAGUGUGCCCUGGGUCGAGAUUCCUCAGGGACAGUGGUUUCAGAGCCCUGUGUCUGUGCUGACUGGGACUUUGAAUGUGACUACGGCUAUGAGAGACACGGAGAGAGCCAGUGUGUCCCAGCUUUCUGGUACAACCCAGCAUCCCCAUCAAAGGACUGCAGCCUUGGUCAAAGCUACCUUAACAGCACUGGGUACCGGAGAAUUGUAUCUAACAACUGCACGGACGGGCUGAGGGAGAAGUACACGGCCAAGGCCCAGAUGUGUCCCGGAAAAGCCCCUCGAGGCCUGCAUGUGGUGACAACCGACGGGCGCCUAGUAGCAGAGCAGGGGCAUAAUGCGACCUUCAUCAUUCUCAUGGAGGAGGGUGAUCUCCAAAGGACAAACAUCCAGCUUGACUUUGGGGAUGGGAUUGCAGUGUCCUAUGCUAACUUCAGCCCCAUCGAGGAUGGCAUCAAGCACGUGUACAAGAGUGCGGGCAUCUUCCAGGUGACAGCCUAUGCAGAGAACAACCUGGGCUCAGACACAGCUGUCCUCUUCCUGCACGUGGUUUGUCCCGUGGAGCAUGUUCAUCUCCGAGUUCCAUUUGUUGCUAUAAGAAAUAAGGAGGUCAACAUCAGUGCGGUUGUGUGGCCCAGUCAACUGGGGACCCUCACCUAUUUUUGGUGGUUUGGCAAUAGCACAAAGCCCCUCAUCACCCUGGAUAGCAGCAUUUCCUUCACCUUCCUGGCAGAGGGAACCAACAGCAUCACUGUCCAGGUGGCUGCUGGAAAUGCCCUUAUUCAGGACACAAAAGAUAUCGCUGUUCAUGAAUACUUCCAGUCCCAACUGUUGUCCUUCUCUCCAAACCUGGAUUACCACAACCCUGACAUUCCUGAGUGGAGGCAAGAUAUUGGCAAUGUCAUCAAGAGAGCUCUGGUUAAAGUAACCGGUGUCCCGGAAGACCAGAUCCUAGUUGCCGUGUUCCCUGGUCUCCCCACUUCGGCAGAGCUCUUCAUCCUUCCCCCCAAGAACUUGACGGAGAGGAGGAAAGGCAAUGAAGAGGACCUGGAACAAAUUGUAGAGAUGCUGUUUAAUGCUCUAAACCAAAACUUGGUUCAGUUUGAGCUGAAGCCAGGGGUUCAAGUCAUUGUGUAUGUCACACAACUGACAUUAGCUCCAUUGGUGGACUCCAGUGCCGGGCACAGCAGCUCAGCCAUGCUUAUGCUCUUGUCAGUGGUGUUUGUCGGCCUGGCUGUAUUUUUGAUCUACAAGUUUAAAAGGAAAAUCCCCUGGAUUAACAUCUAUGCUCAAGUCCAACACGACAAGGAGCAGGAGAUGAUUGGGUCAGUGAGCCAAAGUGAAAACGCCCCCAAAAUCACACUCAGUGACUUCACCGAGCCUGAGGAACUGCUGGACAAAGAGCUGGACACCCGGGUCAUAGGAGGCAUUGCCACCAUUGCAAACAGCGAAAGCACAAAGGAGAUCCCCAACUGCACUAGUGUUUAAUAUCCACAAGUCACGUGGUCAACCAUCUUUCUGACCUUAUUUUUGAUGAUUACUAUUACUCUUGUUAUGGAAAAAUGAAAAUGGCUUUUUUACCUUUUGUUUACCAAGGGCCCCUUCAUAAAGAGCAGGCAGAUGCUUAUUAGCUGUGGGAGGCAAAGGCGUUCUUAGCUGAUUAAAAUGAGACAAAAAGAAUAAAUGGCCGUAUUUGUGCGGAGGGCAAAGGAUGCAUCUUCCCGUGGCCUCCUUGGCUUUACUCUGCCGCUGACAGUGUGAGGACUCUUUUUACUGUGGUCUCCUUUGUCGUUUAUUUGUUUUUUGGGUUUUUUGUUUUUGUUUUUGUUAAGUUGGGUUGGCUUUUCAUUAACCUCCCAUGUCCUGCUUCCCACCCCCACAAUCACCAACACCCUCCCCCCACCCCCAGCACACACCCCUAAAACACAAACCAUUCCCCAGUUAGAUCUGCAGGAGGUGGGUUGGUGGGGAGUGAAAGUAGCUGCAGAAAGCGUGCACAUCUUUACGAAAGAGGCCCUGCCUCGUGCAUGUCGAUAGCGAGGCUACAGGUGGCUUCUUGUAUAUAAUUACAGUGUAAAUAGCUUUUUAUUUCCUAAGAAAUAAUUUAAUGUUUAGUAAAAAAGAAAACCGAAAAAAGAAA